UUGGAUCAGUUGACUUAACCAUUUUGUUUGUAUAUGCCAAGUGAUCUGAGAUUCUCGAAUGAAGUUCCGGUGGCAGAUGCAGACGCGAACGGUGGGGAAGGUUCAUCGCGAGGCCGGGGAUCAACACAAGGGGAGAGGAGGAUGACGGUUGGGAGUGGGUCUUCUCCGUUGGUGCAAGUCGACGAAUAUCCAGCACCGUCGUUAUUCUCAGCUGCAUCAAAUUUGAUUCCCGAGCAAAAUGCUGAUAUAUAUGCUUUGUCUUCUAACACUGUGGACAGCAGCUCGUAUAGUCCAACAACAGGCUCUGCUCCCAGCCAUCCAUCACCAACGCAGCACCUCCUCCUCCAACAUGCUAUGGGACUCACAGUGGAUAUCCUGGUCACCUACGGAGUGUCAUCCGCGGGAAUCGACCUUUUGAGAAGCCACGGUCUAGUGACAGUGUCCGAUCUCGCCGCGUUGGACACCCGUUCCUUGGCUCAACAAGGAUUCACUAGAGCAGAUGUGGAUACUCUCACACGCUUAGCUGUUGAGGUCGGGCAGGAAAGCACGAAUGAGAGACUCGGGCAAAUGCAGGAGGAGUUGAGAAACGGGAACGGCAUUGGAGAGGACCAUUUCCUACCAAUCAAAAACACCUUCAUAAACUUCCCCCCCUCGCAGUUGCCGUCAUCGAAGAAGACACCCCAGAGUUGUCCUGUAGAUAUGGGCAUGACCCCACCGAAUUCGCUCAAUUCUAGCGUCGGUAAAGUGAAUAGUCUCAGUCCAGUCGCGUCGUCUCACAGUCCCGACAGUUUCCCCAUUAAUUUGGAUCCCUCUAUUUAUCCCAGCAUAGGAUCAAGAUUGCAUGCUUCGGGGACUUGUAAACCGUGUGCAUGGUUUUAUCACGCGAGUGGAUGCCGUCACGGAGCUCAGUGCGAGUUUUGUCAUUUGUAACAAUGAGCGUUUUUCCUGGGGUGAUUUAUUCCGCUUGGGAAAUAUUCGCUCGCCUGUUUUGAGAAUAAAAUGCGUGACAAUAUCCUUAUUCUGAAUUAUUGACCUCGUUUUACAGGUGUCCGCCGGGUGAGAUAAAGCGUCGUAAGAAGGAAAAGCUUCAAAUCAUCAAAUUAUUAAAGCAGACUGAAUUACACCAACAGCAAGAACAACAACAAGAUCAGCAACAUGUCGGAGAACAACAACGACAAGACAGUUACAUAGUGCCAGGCCGCUCAUCAGCUUCACAUCACCAUCGUCAUCAUCAUAAUCAUCACAAUCGGCAUAACGGCGAUAGUGAGGAGAACUUUUCUCAAACUCUGGCGAGUUCGGCUUUUUACGGUAGAGGCUACUAGUCGUACAAGGCCGUUGGUGUAAAUAUCGAACGACUUGUGAAUAGCCGCCGUUUUAGUUGCGGCGAGUCGUUGAACUGUAAAUAUCUUUUCUGGUGAUAAGGUAGUAGUUUGAUAAGUUCACGGAGAAGCGGGUCACUUUCUUGUAUUUCUUGUAUUACUAUCGAUACUAUUACUAUCGGGUUUGACAGGAAGUUGUAUC